AGCUCUUCGGUUAAUUAAUUUUUGAGAAAAUGGAGACAACUGAAGAAGAAGAUUAGAUUAUGGUUCUUUGGUUAUUUUCUUUGCCUAUAAGUUCCAAGGGCGCCUAAGGUGGUGGUGAUGAGAAGUAUGAGUUCCGAGAGCUCGAGGGGAAGACCUUCCAAAGUCGGUGAGGUUGAAGAAGACGGCGAGGAUAACUUGAGAAAUGGAGGGAGCUCGAGCAAUAGCACCGUGGAGGAGAGCGAGAGGAAGCCGAGCUCCGGGACUGUAAGGCAGUAUGUCAGAUCCAAGAACCCAAGGCUUCGGUGGACGCCGGAACUCCACCUUUGUUUUGUUCAAGCCGUUGAGAGACUCGGUGGCCAAGAUCGUGAGAGGAUCAAUACCUCUUUCAAUAUAUAUAUCAGUAUGAUGAGGAUAACAAUUACUUUUUCUAGUUCACUUCAUCCUAACUUUUUUUUUUCCUUUUUAUUUGUUUGUCCCCUUCGAGAUGCAGGAGCGACGCCGAAGAUGGUCCUUGAAUUGAUGAAAGUUAAGGGCCUUAGCAUAGCUCAUGUGAAGAGUCAUCUACAAAUGUAUAGGAGCAAGAAGAUCGAUGAGUCAGGUCAAGUUAUAGCUGAUCCUUGGAGUGUGAUGAAAGGAACGAAGCAGCAUAUAUACAAUCUUGGCCAUCUUCCCAUGCUACAUGGUUGUCAUCAAAGGCCCACUAUUCCAAACUUAAGAUCCGAUGGCUCUUCAUGGUUUGGCCAUAGAAAUUGGACUCAAAAUCCAGUCCUGAGCAGGGCCAUGAAUUCUACGGUGGGAUCAAGAUCUCAUGGUUCCAUAAACGAGAUGAUCUUCAGAGGAAGCGACAGACUGAAGAGCAAUCAGGAUUUCCACAUAAACACAUCAUCUUCAAAUCAUCAAGCUAUCUGCGAACUUCGUGAAGCGACUGGAGAGUCCCACUUGCUCCAUAAUUGCAGACUAGGAACUACACAAUAUCAAGCCGAAGAAAGGGGAGCCUACUUGCAGGAAAGAGGAUUGACUGGUCCAGAAGGGCAGAGCUCGGAGAGAUGGAAGGCUAAUGAUCAGGGGCCUGAUCUGAAUCUCUCUCUACACAUAGGACCCAGGCAGGAGAAGAAACAACAAAGGAGGUGGGAAGAAGAACUGGAGAGCAGCUUAUCUCUCUCCUUGUUUGGUCCUUCAAGGAUGGAAAGAUGUUCUAGAGAUGUAGAAAAAGGCCUCAAAUCAUGGCAUGUGGGAGGAAGAAGUUGGCAGUGAGGAGAAAGAAGGACAAGUACUCUAGAUCUGACCAUAUGAGUGCAAUGUGGUGAGAUGUUGUGGUACUUGUCCAAAGGGGAGGUCAUGACUUAAUAUUUUCUUUUCUACUCGUAUACCAUGGAAUGUUUGGAGAAAAAAAUACCAUGGAAUGUUUGGAGAAAAAAAAUAGCUGAAUGCACAUGCUGUU